AUGCGCGCCGCGUGUCGCCGCUACGUUCAGGGCUGCAGCAGGUGGCUCCUCGUCCUGUUGCUCAUCUCCCGCCUUGAUUCAGCGCAGCCGUUCGCUCCACGGUCCGCCCUGGUGCUACGAACCUGCCCCAGCGCGUCGCUAUUCGCUGGAGGCCCGCCCGCGCUGCUCCGGAGGCGCGGGCGUGGGCGAGAGCGGCUCGCGGUCGCAGUUGCGUCGGCCGGCGCGGCGGACGAGGCGCCGGACGCGGAUUUGGCCUCCGCGUGGCUCGACGAGGCCGAUGCCGGCGUGCUGAGCGACGGGACGGCGGCCGAGGUUGACGCCGCCGCAGCGCACAGCCUCGCGGCGUCUGGCGCGGCGCUGCUGAUUGACCUGCGGACGGCGCGCCAGUUCGCGCGAGGGCACCCUGCAGGCGCGGCCAGCAUCCCGGCGGGCGAACCGGGCCCCUCGGGCCUCUUGUUCCACUUUCGGGAGGGGUUCGAGGCCGACGUGGAGGCAACGACGAGAAGCUAG